AUGGCGAAUAAAUUUGGAUUAGGUUCUUUACCUUUAGAUACUAAAAAACCUAUCACAACAGCAUGGAUAAAUAAAGCAAAACCUUAUUUUGUGAAACAAAUUGAAGACACCCUUCAAGGUGAUUUAGAUAUGAAUAAUUUUACCAUAACUAAUUUAAAGUUACCAGAAAAUGAUUAUGAUGCUGUUCACAAGAAAUAUUUAAUGGAUCAAUUAAAUUUAAUUGAAGUAGAUAAAGAACAUUUAAAAGAAAGAAUAGGCGAUGUGAAAAGAUACUUCAAACGACAAAUAAAUAAUAAAGAUUUUAUUGAUGAUACUAAACUACAACAAGAAGUAACAAGUUUAAAAAGUUUUAUUGAAGAACAACUUCUAAAUGUAGUAGAUAAAUCUCAAUUACAACCUUUAAAAACUAAACUUAUUGGUAAUGGUGAAAUACAAAAACAAAUAGUUGGUAUUAAACAACAACAAAAUGUAGUAGAUAAAACUCAAAUUCAAAAUUUGAAAUCAUUAAUAUCUAAAUUAGAUGAUGCGAUAGCAAAACGAAAAAUAGACCUUAAACAAUUAAUAGAUAAUAUUAAACCAGGUAUGAAUGGAGAUGAAUUAGCAGCAUUAGAAACCAAACUCAAUGAUAAUAGUGAAAUAGAUGCUAUUAAACAACAAUUAGACAAUCUAGUAGAUAAAACUCAAUUACAACCUUUAAGUUCAUUAAUAUCUAAAUUAGAUGAUAAGAUAACAAAACAAAAAAUAGAUCUUAAACAAUUAAUAGAUAAUAUUAAACCAGGUAUAAGUGAAGAUAAAUUAACUGAAUUAGAAACCAAACUCAAUGAUGAUAGUGAAAUAGAUGCUAUUAAACAACAACUUCUAAAUGUAGUAGAUAAAACUCAAUUUCAAAAUUUAAAAUCAUUAAUAUCUAAUUUAGAUAAGAUAACAAAACAAAAAAUAGAUCUUAAACAAUUAAUAGAUAAUAUUAAACCUGGUAUAAGUGAACACAAAUGGCAACAGGAAACAACUGCUCUAGAAACUAAAUUUAAAACUGAAUUACAAAAAGAACAAACAAAUAUUAAUCAAAUAUUUAUGAUAGUGAGAUUCAACAUCAGAUAA